AUGGCGGACGGCAAGCAAACAACAAUGGAUAAUGUGGCGCCACCAUCAUCCACUGCGAGCGUUGGUGCUGCAGGAAUAAAGCAUGGGAGCACUAUAUUUGUUACCAGACUGCCUUAUACAGUUACCAAUACCGACUUGUCUACGUUUUUCAGCGAUGUCGGGCCGCUGCGUCGUGCAUUUGUUGUGACAGACCGCGAAACGAAAAAGUCCAAAGGUGUGGGGUAUGUGACAUAUGCGGAUGCGGAAGAUGCGAAAAAUGCUUUGGACAAAUUUCAAGGCGCCAGCAUCGACGGGUCGCGUCGUCAUAUCCAACUUGAAUGGCCGGACGCUCGUACAUCCACGGACGGAGCUCGUGAAUCAAAACCCAAAGUACGGACAAGUUCGCUAGUGAAACUUGGGGACCGUGACUCUAACGCGAUGCGCACAAUCGUGAUCUCGGGACUAUCGCGAUGUUCGCCGCAAGCAGAUACCAAAUCUAUAUAUAAGCGGGCCCGUAAACUGGGCGACGUGGACAAUGUUGCGUUUGCCGAGAAGAAUGGCGUUCCAUCUACCGAUGUUGCCUACGUACAGUUCCGUACUCCGAAUCAUGCCAUGGCAGCCGUGGGUAAACUGCAUGCGCAUCAGUUCAAGGGAGCACAGCUCAGUGUGGAGUUAAAAAAGCGUCUUGACGGCGCUAUGCGACGCGAGCAGCAUAUGCGACCGGAGAAGCUCGAAAAGGAAAAGAUGCUUAAAGAAAGAAUCGAGGAGUUCAAUGGGAGUGCAUGGGAUACCGCGCAUCAAAUGCCGUCUAUGAACAGGGACAGCCGCCUUAUUGUGCGAAACCUUCCAUUUGAUAUCUCUUUGGACGAUCUGCGGGCAAUUUUUUUGCCGUAUGGCGCGAUUUAUGACAUCACAAUGCCGACAUCGCAAAAGAGCGAGUCUAGUCCGGAGCGUGGUAGGGGCUUUGCUUUUAUUUGGUAUGUGUCGCGUACCGGCGCUUCUCGUGCGAUUGACGCUAUCAAUGGUUUGUCUUUAAGGCACGGAGCUGCUGAGCAGGCUUUAUUAAAAAAAGCAGCUGGGAAGAAGGGUCGUGAUGCGGCUAAGGAACAACUCGACAAGGUACGGAAAAAUGCACAGCCAGCAAGGCCUGUCGCAGUGGAUUGGUCCUUGUCGCAAAAAGAUUAUCUUGCAAUAGAAAAAGAAGCGGACGAUGCAGCGCAGCUCGAGCCCAAGGGUUCCAAAACCCGUAAGCGAUCUCGUGAAGAUGAAGAUGAGGAUGAGGGGGAAGAGGAAAAAGAGGAUGAGGAGGACCAUGAAAGCGACGAUGAAGAGGAUCACGACGAAAAUGACUCUAGUGACGGUGACGAUUUAAGCAAAGACGGCCAGGAGGAUGCGAGUGAAGCAGACAAACCACAAAAGCCUACAAUGGCAUCUACAGACACUGGAACGAUUCUCUUCGUUCGCAAUCUCCCUUAUCAAGCAACCGAAGAGGAGCUCAAAGAAUUGUUUCGUAGGUUCGGUCCUCUACGCUACGCACGAAUCGCAAUGGACCCACAAACAAAGCGGAGCCGUGGAACUGGCUUUGUUUGCUUCUGGAAGCGCGAAUCAGCAGACUCCGCUUUGCACAGUGCGGAUAUCGUGUACAGAGAGACGGCAGUAAGCGACCCUAUUUCCAAAAUUCCCCAAACAAAUCCAUUCUCUACUCCAUCCGUGCUUACAGCCGAUCCAUCUGCGCCGUUGGUCUCCAACUUUACACUUCACGGACGUGUACUGAAUGUAGUUCGCGCUGUGACGCGUGAGACAGCCACCGAGCUCGAGACAGCCUCGCGCAAGACACGCGAGAAGAACGACAACCGUAAUACGUGGCUUCUGCGCGAGGGUGUACCAUUCCCCAACACGCCUCUCAUGAAAAUGCUUUCUGAAAAGGAGACAGAGAAAAGACAGCAGGCAUUUUCGAUCCGUCGCGCUCAGCUCGGCGCCAACCCCUCGCUUCAUGUGUCAAAGACGCGUUUAGCAGUGCACCAGCUUCCCCUGUUUGUCACGGAUAAGAUGCUGAAACGAUUGGCUCUACACGCUUUGCGCGCGUUUACCGACCAAGUCAGGUCUGGCGUGCGUGCAGACCUUACCAAAGAUGAGAAAGAGGAUCAUUCACAAAGCCCCAACAUUAAACCGUCCCAGCUAAAUGCGCCCGGAAAGCGGCCGCCGCCCUCACUGGUGAUCCAGUCUAAAGUUGUGCGCCAAAAUGAGCGAGUGGAUCCUAUUUCUGGGCAAGGCCGUUCUCGUGGCUAUGGCUUUUUAGAAAUGCGUACAUUUGUCCACGCGCUAAAAGCGCUGCGUUGGAUGAAUGGGAACAAAGAUGUCAUUGGCCUUUUGAUGCAGUGGUACCAAGAAGACCUCAUUGCCCAAGUCGCUGCAUUGAAAAAUGCAAACACAUCUGAGGAUCAGACACGUAUGAAACGCAUGACGAGUACGAUACAAGAUUUGGAGCAAGAAGGAGUCAAGGCUGUGAAGAGUGAAUUACGCGGUAUGCUUCGCGUUGAAUUUUCUAUUGAAAACAUCACUACAGUCCGAAAGCGCACCCUGCGUCAGCAGCAAGCGCGUGAGAAAAGUGUUGCAAAGCGACAGCGUACCGACGCGCCUGACAACGACGCAGCAUCUGACGAGAAAGAGGAUAGACACAAACGCAUCACCGAUACCAAGGCCCGUGUUAAGGCUGUACAAAACGCGGAUCAGGAAUCCAAGAGCCGUUUGCUGGGCUCCCUGAUUGGAAAAAAGCGCAAUGAGCGCAAACGGAAGCACACGCCUACAUAA